UUAUGGUAAAGAAGUAAAAUGGCUUUGUUCUGCUCACUAUGUUGUGUUUUCAUUAUGUGGACACUGAACGUGUGUGCUGACAAAGAUUCAGUCUUGCUAAGUGUUAUGAAGGAAGUCUCUGAAUUGAAAUCAAUAGUUCAACAGCAGAAUGCUGAGAUUAUUGAACUGAAACAAAUCGUGCAGAAACAGGGUCAAGAGAUACUGCUACUUAGCGAAGCUGGGACCAAACAUCAAGAACGGGAAAGAAAACAGCAAGUCUUGGCUCCUCAGAAAUCUUACAGCCUGGGACUGGCUGUUUCUAAGCAGGAAAACACUGGUGCCUUCAGCAGCAAAUCAGAUGACGCGAGGACCAGCGAAAAUAUUGUUUCCGAGUCCAUUACACCUCAUAUGAGGAGACUGAUUAACGCCGGCUCUACACAACGUGUAGGAUUUACAGCCUACCGAUAUGUAAGUGAUCCCCUAGUCAGCAAACAGACCAUUAUCUAUGACAAGGUAUACAGCAAUGUAGGAUCCAGGCCCCGAGGUCAUAAAACUUUAAGCGUUCUCAUACUCCAACUCAAACUCCAAACUCUGAGUAUGAACUCCACUGAGUACGUUUCUUUUGAGGUUAUAAAAAUUUGGAGUACAAUCUCCACUGAGUCAAACUCAACUGAUUUGGAGUAA